AUGACAUCCAUAUUCCACGAUCUACUGCAUCAUAUUGUAGAGGUAUAUGUGGACGACAUCGUAGUUAAGAAUUCAGAGACUCAGAGCCACGAAUCUCAUCUAAAGACGGUCUUCGAAAUAUGUAGGAAGUACCAACUUAAGAUGAACCCGCUCAAGUGCACCUUUGGGGUUACGUCUGGAAAUUUCUUGGGAUUCGUUGUAACCAAUGAAGGGAUUCAAGUGGAUCCAACUAAAGUCGAGGAGAUUAUGACUAUAGUACCACCAACUAAUACCAAAGAGCUCCAGGUGUUUAUAGGACAAAUAUCUUAUAUACGGCGCUUCGUGCCUGGUUUGGCUCAGAUAAUGUCGGUAUUUUUGCCCCUACUAAGGAAAGGGACUAUCUUUAAAUGGGAAGAUACUCAACAAGUCGCGUUUGAAAAACUAAAGCAAUGCCUCGUCAUCCCCCAAGUUCUCAAACCACCGAUAAAAGAGGUGCCUCUUUACUUAUACACAGCGUUCACGAGCUCAGCCAUAGGGGUAAUCCUGGCGCAAUAUAUGGGAGGAAACGAAUUAUCACCCAUCUACUACCGACCUAAAGGAGUGCGAGGACAAGCAAUCGCUGAUCUAAUGGCGAUGUUCCCUAGGGAAAGAGAUGACGAAAUUCAUGACCGGGUGCCGGGAGAGGUAGAUGCCGCCGAUUUUAACAAGCCUUGGACCAUGUUUUUCAAUGGGUCAUCAUAUGAUACUGUUGGAGGAGACGGAGUAGUGUUCGAAGCACCGCAAGGAGAAUUGUUCUCAUAUUCGUUCAAGUUGGAUUUCCCAUACAGUAAUAAUGUCUCCGAAUAUGAAGCUUUUAUCCUAGGGCUCAGGAUGGCAAAGGAUCUUGGCCUAGGAGGCGUCGAGAUAAAAGACGACUCGAGGUUGGUAACUAAUCAAGUCAACGGGGACUUCCACGUCAAAGAACCACACCUAGCUCCGUAUCGAGCGGAGGCUCAAAACCUGGUAAGUCAAACAGGUUCGACCCUAGAUCAUACAGGUAGAGGCAAGAACAAACAAGCAGACGCCCUGACAAUAUUAGCUAGCAAGAUACAGCUAAACGAUAAGGACGAGGGUACAGUAAUAGUCAGAAGGAAAGAGUUGCCCAGCACCUGGAAAGAAGACAUGGCCUUCGAAGAAGCAGAUGAUUGGAGGAGAACUUAUAUUGACGACUUGACCAAAACAAAGGAGGAUCGCGUAAUGCUUACCCAAACUCUGAAACAGUUCGUGUUGAUCCGGGGAGCGCUUUACUAUCGAGCAGCUGGGUGGUCUCUUUCCAGAUGUAUGGGUAAGAGAGAAGCGAAAAAGAUACUCCAGGAGCUACACGUGACAACAUGUGUGCAAACCGCAGAGGUUCACCUCUACAAAUAG